UGGCAACGUGGCAACACUGGUUAUGUCUCUGGGAAACGCUGGCCGAAUUGCUGCUUGUUGGGCAAUUUUAACUGUUGGUGGUGUAUACGCGUUUGUCUUGUCAAAGCGUUCUGUUGAGACCCGGCGUUACGAGAGCAUGCAGGUGCGCGAACGCAUGCGGAAGGCAAAUAAAGGGGAUUACGACUAUACAACCGCAUCGGACAGGCGAUUUGAAUAA